CACUGCAGAAUUCGGAUGACUUGACUCGAGAGCCAUCCCCGUACGCUCUGUUACUAGGGUUUUCAUUACUCUCGCGCAGUAGAUUCUUACAGAGAAAUGAGUCGGCAUCCUGAGGUUAAAUGGGCACAGAGAGCCGAUAAGGUUUAUAUUUCUGUUUUGCUGCCGGAUGCAAAAACGCCAAAGGUGAAUCUUGAGCCAGAUGGGGUUUUUACAUUCUCAGCUUCAGCUGGGGCAGAAAACCAUCUAUAUGAGUUGAAACUUGAACUUAAUGACAAAGUCAAUAUUAAGGAAAGCAAGAUAAAUAUUGGUUUGCGAAACAUUUUUUGUGUUUUGGAGAAAGCAGAGAAGAAAUGGUGGAACAGGCUAUUGUAUGCUGAGGGAAAGCCGCCUCACUAUGUGAAAGUAGAUUGGGACAAGUGGGCAGAUGAAGAUGAAGACAAUAGUCCUGCUGACUUUGAUAUGGGCGGAAUGGAUUUCUCGAAAUUUGGUGAUAUGGGUGGCCUCGGUGGCAUGGACUUUGGGAAUGGGGCCAUUGGGGAUGACUUUGAUGACAGUGACGACGAAGAGCAAGAAGGCAUUGAUCCAGCCUCAGAAAAAGCUGCUGAGAAUGGCGAGUCUAGAGAAGGUAAAAUGGAAGCAUCAACAAAUUCGUGAAACAGUAAAGAUGACUGCAAUUAAGUGAGAGAACAUGAUCAUUUUCGCUGCAUUUGGUUGAACAAUAUUUGGUGCUCUUUUGUAUUGAAUUUUUCCUUAAAAAACAAUAAGUUUCUUAACAUUGUUCCGACAUGAUGUAGUCUUGGAUAAAUUGCUCAACAUUUUGCUACAAUGUGGAAAUAUCUAUAUUGAUGUUAGUAUGA